AUGACGACCAUCGACUCUUUGCCUUACUAUGAUCGCGACCUCGACGUGAUUCCGAACCUUCGGCAGAGGAUAGAGCGGGAGAUCGAACUUGAGUUAAAGUCAACACCUCAACCAGCGUCCAAUGCCGAUCCGCCGCCUUCCUACCACCCUUUCUUGUCCGAGUUCCCAGAUCUACUUGCAUCGCCCACCAGAUCGACCAGGCUAACAGAUAAAUCAGAUCCCAAUUACCAAUCCGACGGGUCGAAAGAUUCCCUAGAUAUCGAGCGAUUCCAUAUUCCCUACCCUGAUGAUCACACAAGUCUGAAAAAUUGGGAAGAUGCUUUAUCAAACGCUAAAUCCCAACUAGAACACCAGCGACUACGUCUGAUCAAUCUCGAUCUGAUUGCUAAACAUGGGGCCAACCAUUGGAAACUCUCAAACUUUCUGGUAGAUCAAGAAAUAUCGAAAGUUGAUAAGUUGGUAGAACAUUACAAAACCGAGAUCGACAACGUAAAUCGUCGCCGGAAAUCCCAUCAGACCGAUGUAGGAGACAGAUUGACCGAUCUGGCUCAGAAGUGGCAGAACUUGGUUUCGACGAAUAUUUCCCUCGAAAUUACCAACAUCAAUCUGAAGCUCGACGUGGAGGCUUUGCAGAAGGAGGCAGCUACAUUGAAAGAAAAACUUAGUACAUAG